AUGUCCAGCCACACUCCCGACUCCAUGCUCGCGCUGCAAGUCGAACUGCUGCAAGCUAAGCUGGCGCUGGCCGAAUCACAAGACGAUGCCACGGCUGUUUGCACGCUCCGCGUCGGCCUACUCGAGAGGCAACUGGCUCUCGCAACAGCCCGUGGCGACGGCGACACCGUGCUAGGUCUCAAGGUCGACAUCAUCGAAGCCAAAAUCGCGCUGGCAAGUCGUGAAGCCGGGGCCGCACCGGACAGCGAUACGACGUCAUCUUCACGCAUCACAACAGCCACAACUCCUGAACCAGAUGCGCGCGCCGCACAAGCAACAACUCCUGAGCCAGACCAUAACGCGGCCGCGAUCUGGACGCGUAUCGUUGACGACCCAUUCACAUUGAGCAACGUCGAGAAUGAGCCCGGGCAAGCUCAGGAAAGGGUCGAGGAAAACGAUGUUGAGGAAAACGCUGUAGUCGGCGACUUGCUUGGCGGUGGGAAGUCACCUUCGCCAGUUGAUGGGGAGGAUUUAGGCCCUGCGUCCGCUGUCCGUCCGACAUCAACGACCUCAACGGCCGCACUCGCUAGUGACGCGCUCAAGUCCCGUGGUUCAACGUUGGAGCUCACCUCGGAUGAAGAAGAGUUGCACGGCGUUCGCGUAAAGUCACGUUCCUCCGUGCGUAAGCGGCGAGUCAUAGAAGAGGCGGAGGAGGACAGUGGCGAUGACGACGAUGAGCUACACGAGAGUUCGAACGAGUCUAGCGCUGCAAAGAGUACCCAUUUGGAAAUGGAUGCGCCGAACGGGCCUGACGAAGAUUUCGCCGUACAGUUCAUGCGUUGGGUAGGUUGGAUCUGGGCGUGGGCGGCGAGGGUGGACGAUGGCCGCGAAUUGGUUGGAUCGAUGAUAGGUCCGCUAGUCAGAAUUGAGCUGGCGCUCGGUUUCACGCAAGGCGAAGCUCUUCCCGACGCCCUGCCUUACAUGAAGAACUGGGCUAGCAAGCGGCGCAUGGCCUGCAAGAUCGACCAUGUCGACAUGUACGACAAUCCGAGCAAGAAGGAUGCUUACACUCCCAACUUCGAGCACAAAACUCUGGCGUGCUGGUCGUUGAUCCGCAGUCAACCGUUCAGUGCAGUAGCACAGAUGACGGGGCGAUACGGCAUGGUUCUUGUAGUCCGCAGCCUUGUUCAGGCGCGCGCAUCUGGCAUCUUGGUCCACGAUUGGGCUUUGUACGUGCGUGAGGUCGCGGCAUUGUUGGAGGCUGUAAGACGCUAUCGCGAGGACGACGAGAUCGACGGCGAUUGUGACGACACCGUUCUUGUCCUGAUGCAGAAGUGGGACCCUGUGGGUACGGCCGCAGUUUCCGACGCGCUUGACGCGCGCGCGCGCGAACUGGCAGAGAUCGAGGGUGCCAGGAAGACGCGUCCUGCGCCAGCCUCUCCGUCGCAGGCUGGGGUCAAGCUCGAGCGCAAGUCUUCACCGUCAAAGGGCCGGAGCAAUGGCAUUGUUCGCGUGGCAGGCCGUAAGAGGACGUUGCUAACACUUGCCCCUCCGCCGAGUGAGUCAGAGGACUCACCGAAGAAGAAAGCUCGCCGGGGUAACGCGCCCGCGUAA